CUGUCAGUGAGUGAGGGCCGGGGCCGAGGGCGUCAAAAUCUAACCUUAAAGAAGUAAAAGAUUUGAUUAGUCGUUUUCUUUUGGAAGCGUUAUUUGUACAUCAAUAAAAAAGGACUUUUUUAUCCUUUUGAUUACCAUGUUGGGCUUACGCUCAGUAAUUAGUAAUGCUAUAACAACUGCAUCCAAUGUAUUCCACCAACAGACCAGGAACACAUUUAUUUUAAAACGGACGAAUCCAUUUCCUCUACACAAAAAGGGUGGAAGGCCUAAAAAAAUGAGAGGCAGACAUUUUGUUUAUGAUUUAGUUGAAGAUACAAAUAUCACGAAAAAACCUGACAUAAAAGUAAUUCUUAACCAAUUUAUUGAUGGUGUUGGCAAUGAAGGAGAUGUAUUAACAUUGCGCCCUAAUCAGGCCUAUCGCGACUAUCUUAUGCCUGGCUUGGCUGUCUAUGCCAGUCCAGAAAACAUGGAGAAGUAUAAAGCAAAUGAAAACAAGCCCAAGAUUGGAGAUAACUAUAGUUCUCCCUAUGUACACAGGACUAUUGGCUGCUUAUCUCGUGUAGUUUUACAAAUCACUAUGAACAAAAUGGAACCCUGGGUACUGGAACCCUGGCACAUCAGUGCUUCUUUUAGAAAAUCAGGCUUUGUUGUACCCGAACAUGCCAUUGAGAUGCCUCCUGUACAAAUUAAAGGGCCAGAUCUAUCAUUACAAGACAAGGAGUUUUAUGUCACUGUUACAAUCAAUAACACAGAAAAAGUAAAUGUUAGGUGUAGAAUACACCACUGGGCUACUGGUGUAGACAGGCUACCGUGGGAGGAGAAUCAUUGGAAGAAACCCAAAGAAGCUCUGAUACCAGAACAGGCAUCAGAAUUGGAGAAAAUUCCUCUGCCUCCGUAAAUGUAAUUUAGAUAUAGUAACAGUGUUAAAUAAUGUAGAUUGUGUUAAAUAAACAGGAUUCAGUCAA